GAGUGUGACAAAGCGCGUGAAGAUCAAGGAGCGCAACAUUAAUGGCUCAUCAGUUUCAAAUGUAUUUUGCUCUUCCCUGUCACCCACUCUUCCCUCCCAUUCACAAUAACCAGUGGUGACACUCUCAGAAUAAGAAAGAGAAAGACUCAGUAACCAAGCUCCAAAGAAACUUCAUCUACCUCAACGACCCUCUACUUUCCCUCACCUUUCUCCUCCAUCUCUAAAACAACCUCUUCACCUCAUACAUUCUACUAAUUUCCACAUCUUGCUUCUUCUUCCACCUUUCUUCAGAGAUUACUAUUUUGCAGGAAUUGUGGGUCAGGAGCAUUAAAGAACAAGUUUGUUUAGUUUGCUUUUUUAUCACCUGCAUAUUAAAACAUGCAGACUCAGAAAGCAAGAAAUGGUACUUCAGGAGUGCCACGAAAGAAAUCUCCUUCAAAUCCUCGGACUGCUCGCAAAACAAAAACACCAGGAUCUGGUUCUAACUCCGUCUCAUCGUCUCCGAAUCAAGGGAGUAAAACUCCAAAAGAUAGGAGCCCAAAUGUCAACUCAACACAAAGCUCAAUAUCUGAGAAGAACGGAACAAAUAGGGUCCAUGAGUUGGAGUCUCGGCUAUCUCAACUCGAAGAAGAUCUAAAGAAAGCUAAGGAACAACUUAACUCAACGGAACUAUUGAAGACAAAAGCUCAGCGUGAGGCUGAAGAUGCCAAGAAUAGGCUUUUAUCCAUGUCAAAAGAGUUGGAGGAAUCACAGCAACAGCUUCUGGAACUAUCUAAUUCUGAAGAUGGACGGAUUCAAGAACUACGUAAAGUUUCUCAGGACCGAGAUCGAGCCUGGCAGUCUGAGCUAGAAGCUGUCCAUAAGCAGCACUCAAUGGAUUCAUCUGCUUUAGCAUCUUCCAUGAAUGAAAUCCAGAAACUGAAAAUGCAACUUCAAAGAGCACGUGAAUCCGAAGCUACUCGGAUUGACAAUGCUGAGUCAGCUGAUGCGGAGAUACAAGAAUUGAGGAUGGAGCUUGAUGAAACAAUGUCUUCAAUUGAAAAGCUGAAAAAUGAGGUGAGCCAGUGUAGAGAAUCUGAAUCAGAGGCUUUGGAAAUAGUUGGCAAAACUCAAAUGCAAUUGGAAGCUGCAAAUAAGACAGUGGAAACGCUCCAAUCAGAAGGUGCGAAAGCAUCAGAAGCUUUCCAAUCCUUAUCUUUAGAGUUGGAGCAAUCAAAGGUUCAUGUACAAUCAUUGGAGGAACUUGUGAGUAAACUUCAGGAUGAUUUGGUCAGUGGAGCCAGUUUAUCUCCCCGCUUACCUGCAUUGGAAGUUGUAGAAAAUGAAGAGAUAAACCGGCUCAAAGCCGAGCUUGUCUCGAUUAAAGCUGAAGCAGGGCAGUUAAAAUCUGCAUUAGAUGUUGCCGAGGUAAGUUAUCAGGACGAGUAUAUUCGAAGCACAUUGCAGAUUAGAAGUGCCUUUGAACAACUCGAGCACACAAAAUCAGAAUCUUGUAAAAAACAAGCUGAAUUAUACGAGGAAUUGAAGAAAGCUAAAGCUGAUAUCGAAGAGUUAAGGGCGCGCUUGAUUGACAAUGAAUCUCAUUUGCAAGAUGAUGAUGUGGCUGAGUUGAAGGAAAAAUUGUUGGAGAGAGAGACAAGACUAAAAAGUGUAACUGAAGAGAACAAUACACUCAAGAUGGAAAUAAAAAGAGAGGAGAUAGAGAAGAAUAAAACUACAUAUGAGGCUGUUGCUUCUGCGGAGGCAGCAAGGGCCGCGGAACGAGACGCUUUGACAAAAAUUGGCUACAUAACAGAAGAAGCUGAUAAUAGUAACAGAAAGCUAGCACAGGUAACUGAGGCGUUAGAUGCUGCGUAUGUGUCGAAUUCGGAGUUAGAGGCUGAAUUAAGGAGAUUGAAAGUGCAGUCAGAUCAGUGGAGGAAAGCAGCUGAAGCAGCUGCUGCUAUGAUUUCUUCAGGAAACAACGAUGGGAAAAUUGGGGAGCGAACCGGGUCGCUUGACAAUGGCUACAACAAUUCUACUAUUGGUAACAAGAUGAGUUCGCCUUAUUCAGAAGGCACUGAUGAUGACUCGCCUAAGAAGAAAAAUACUACUGUGUUGAAGAAGAUUGGAGUUUUAUGGAAGAAGAAUCAUCAAUAGAUAGAUAGACAUAUACAAGGGAAACAAGAGCAUGAUUGGCCAUUCUAAAACAAGCUGAUAUAACUUUUGAUCUGGACCAACCGCAAAAGCCCGGUAGAGAGCAGGGACUAAUAGCUAGGGGGAAGGUUUACGCAACAAAUAUGAACUAAGCGACUAUUCAUUCGCAUCCAAAUUUGGUACAGCCAUAAACGAUCCAAGGAGCUCAUUAGCCUCCUCAACUCCUCGUCAAUACUUAGUAAUUCCGCGUAGGAAGACCAUCCAUCCGACAAGAGACACCUCCUGUAGCCACCGGAUGUGAAGCACUUUCUGGUUUUCAACUUCUGGAAGCCAAUUUAGAACCUGAAGCUGUUCAUGAACUAUUGAAUGGCAUAUUCAUAAUGAUUAAGCGGCAAAAUUCUCAAGCCAUCACUGACAGACUCAUUCGAAUAGAGGACAACCUACAAAAUGUUGUAUCAAAAGACUGAACCAUCCGAAAAGCGGCCUCGCGGAAGGUCAUGGAACUAAGGAAGGAAUGGGAGGAACUCCAGAAAUCUCCUCGCCGUCGGGUACGUAGACAACACACACCUUUGCCCGAUCCCGAGAAAGGAAUGAUAGUCACAUUCCUUUGGAAGCUCGUAGGCCAGCCAUAACAGGAAAGGAGGAAGCCACUUCGGCUCCACCUAAGAAGAAAAAUCCUUUAAAUGUUCGUAUCCUGGACGAUGGUGUUAAUCAGGAAAUAAUCAAACACA